CCUCUUAUUUCCCUGGCAAAUGUUGUCACCACAACCAGUCACAUUUCUCUCCUCCUCUUCCUCCUCCACCUCUUUCUCUUCCACUCCUCUCCUCCUUCCUACAUCCCUCACUCCCUGCCUGCCUGCCCAUCAGAAAUAUCCCUAGAGGAUAAGAUGCCAUGGAGGCCACAGGAAGAACAGCGCUUUAUGUCUGCUCUGUUCUCUUCAUCCUAACAGAAGUCAGCUCUGAGUUAAUCCACAUACCUUCAUCUGUCCAUCAUGGUAUUGAAGGGAAGUCAAUGCUCCUGUCUGUUGAGACUCGCUUCCCACUGGAUGACGUUGAGCUCCAGGGAACUUGGUCCUACACCAGGCCAAGCGGCAGCAGAACCACAUUGGUGACGUUUACCAAAGAAACCUCAAUCCCUGACAUGAUGUACCGCAACCACCUGGUCUUUAGAGAACCCAAUGUGUCUUUGCUAAUCCUGAAAUUAAACCAGGACAAUGAAGGGGAUUACUACUUGAAACUCAACAUAGCGUUUCACAACAAGACAGGACUGGUUAUAAAGGAGGAGAGAACUGUGCAUGUAACAGUGGAUGUCCCUGUGUCCACUCCUGUCAUUGAGAAGAGGCCAUCAUAUGCAGUUGUUGAGGACAAGGCAAACGUAACCUGGACUUGUUCUGUCGAAAGAGGAACAAGAGUUGUGUUCCACUGGCUAAGGGACAACGUCGCACUUGGCCCCAGUGACAGAUACCACUUCUCACAAGACAACUCUACAUUGUUAAUCAAUCCUGUGAGAAAAGACGACAAGGGAACUUACCACUGUGUGGCCAGCAACGCUGUCAGCCAGGGUCAGCACAGCAGGACCGUGGAACUCAAUGUCUAUUAUGGCCCCUACAACCUGGAGGUGAACUCAGGCCAGGGCCUGCGAACAGGAGAAGUGUUCACUAUCAACCCUGGAGAGCUGGUCUUCUUUGAAUGCCAGGCUGACUCCAACCCACCCAACAGCUAUGUCUGGAUCGCUAAGAGCCGCAACGCCACCCAGGUCAUCACUGAGGGCCCGCGGCUGGAGGUGCUCUCCUAUAGACUGGCCCAGGCUGAAGAGUACCUGUGCCGUGCCUUCAACAAUGUGACCCAAAAGCAGGACGAGGCCCAGUUCACACUGGUGGUGGCCAGCUUAGGAACAGGGAAAGAGAAGCACACCCAGGAGGGCAGCUCUGUUUCCCCUCUGGCAGCCAUUACUGUCUGCUCAUUGUUCUUCAUUGGCUUUAUACUGCUGUUCUUCCUCAGGAGAACCUGCCAUCCUAAGAGAGUGCUUAUGAGUAUUUACAACAGACCGCUUUCAGAGCAGAAACGACCACAUCGUUCAGGUCAUGAAGAUGCAACAGAAGACUUUGGCAUCUACGAGUUUGUCUCCAUACCUGGGAAGAUGGAAUCUGCACAGGCAUCGUGCAGAUCUUUGUCUCGCCUCGAGUCAGUUCAGGAUAUGCACACCACCAUCUACGAUGUGAUCAGACAUGUUCCUGAAACCCCAAGUCACAGUUUGCUUAAGUAAUAAGCUGGAGAGUUGAGAUGGAACUUACAGUGAUUUCACUUGAAGACGCCUGUGUAGCUUUAUUCUCUGUUAUCAAAGCCUGGAACACUGUUUUUUUCGGGCCUAUUUUUUUUUUGCACAAGGGAGGAUGGAGACUUGUGUGAGUACACAACCUGAUCGUGCACUGUUACUGUCCAGAGUUUAGGACAGAUGUUAAAUGAUCUUUGCUGACAUUAUUGUGAGAUGAAAGUGUAAGUAUGCCUUGAAAUUUGUUUUUUAUGUGAAAGUAUAACUGUAUUUGAAACUGGUUUGCCUUUGUCGUUCAAAAAUUAAGAUCACUUCAGGUCAUAUUACACCAAGUAAGUUAGAUGAUAUUAUGAGGUACCGAAAAGGUACCCAAACUAUUCAAAGCAUAUGUUUAAUUUUGAAUACUAAGGUUUUAUUUGCCAUUUCACUAAUAUGCUUCUAAUUUAACAUUCCUGCCAAUGAGAGUCUGUUUUGCGAGACAAGUAUUAUAAUGAAUGCAUUUCUUGUAUGAAAUAUAUUUAGUUUAAUUGUAAAUAUUGUACAUGGAUUAUACUCCAGAUUCUUUAUAAAUAUUAUUCUAUUUCUAUGUUUUGCUCCAAUCUAUUUAUAGAAACACUUAACCCCAUUUUCACAAAUGUAGCAUUUUUCCCUGCUCAACAUGGAUAUAAUGAAAUGCUGAAUAGAAACAAUACAUAGGAAUAAUGAUUCAUAAAUUAUUGUUACAAUAUUAUAAAAAACGAUUGUACAGUUUGCAUUCACAUGUUUGUUUUGUACUUUAUUAAAGAUAUAACUGUUUACUA